ACUCGCAAACUAGUCAUCGGUGAACUUAGCAAACCUAAGAUUUAGAUCAUAACCCACUUUCCUUAAUCCUCCCCUCCUUCCUUCCCUUCCCCUCCCUCCUCGCAAAUAUCCCAUCCCCGGUCUCUCCUAUCAACAAAAUCCCUAAUUUCCAGGGUUAAAACUUUUUCUCCAAAAUUGGAAUCUCUCAUGCAAUCGCCAUCAUCAAUCCUCUCAUAAAUCGAAUCAAAAUCAAACCCUAGCUAUGUACAGCAAUUUCAAAGAACAAGCAAUAGAGUACGUGAAACAAGCGGUACAAGAAGACAAUGCAGGGAAUUACUCGAAGGCGUUUCCUUUAUACAUGAACGCACUUGAAUACUUCAAGACCCACUUGAAAUACGAGAAGAACCCUAAAAUUCGUGAAGCGAUUACUCAAAAAUUCACCGAGUAUCUUCGUCGGGCGGAGGAGAUCAGGACUGUUCUUGAUGAAGGAGGUCCUGGCCCUAAUUCUAAUGGGGAUGCUGCUGUUGCGACGAGGGCAAAGACUAAGCCUAAAGAUGGCGAGGAUGGGGAUGAUCCGGAGAAAGAUAAGUUGAGAGCUGGAUUGAAUUCGGCGAUUGUGAGGGAAAAGCCUAAUGUGAAGUGGAAUGAUGUGGCUGGGCUUGAGAGUGCUAAACAGGCUUUGCAAGAAGCUGUUAUUUUGCCUGUGAAGUUCCCUCAGUUUUUUACAGGUAAGAGACGACCUUGGAGGGCUUUUCUUUUGUAUGGGCCACCUGGAACUGGAAAGUCAUACUUGGCCAAGGCUGUUGCAACUGAAGCAGAGUCCACUUUUUUCAGUGUUUCUUCAUCAGAUCUGGUUUCAAAGUGGAUGGGUGAGAGUGAAAAGCUUGUUUCAAACCUUUUCCAAAUGGCCCGUGAAAGUGCUCCUUCAAUCAUUUUCGUUGAUGAAAUAGAUUCCUUGUGUGGUCAACGUGGAGAGGGCAAUGAGAGUGAAGCUUCGAGACGUAUCAAGACUGAACUUCUCGUGCAGAUGCAGGGGGUAGGAACCACUGACCAGAAGGUUCUUGUUCUUGCAGCAACAAAUACUCCAUAUGCUCUAGAUCAGGCCAUCCGACGACGUUUUGACAAGCGCAUAUAUAUCCCGCUGCCUGAUUUGAAGGCUCGUCAACAUAUGUUCAAGGUGCAUCUAGGAGAUACUCCUCACAACUUGACUGAAAGUGAUUUUGAAAGCUUGGCACGAAGGACAGAGGGCUUUUCAGGUUCAGAUAUUUCUGUUUGUGUCAAAGAUGUCCUCUUUGAACCAGUUCGUAAAACCCAAGAUGCUAUGUUUUUCAUACAUACUUCUGAUGAUAUGUGGGUGCCUUGUGGACCGAAGCAACCUGGUGCUGUCCAAAUUUCCAUGCAGGACCUUGCAGCACAAGGGCUUGCAGAAAAGAUCCUUCCACCCCCUAUCAUGAAAACAGAUUUUGACAAGGUCCUAGCAAGACAAAAGCCAACAGUGAGCAAAGCUGAUCUAGAUGUCCAUGAGAGAUUCACAAAGGAGUUUGGGGAGGAAGGUUAAUGAAGAUGAUGACAGAGACACACUGGCCAAUGCCUGUGAGUGCAACCUAUGUGAUUAGUUAUUGCUGCUGGAUCCACCGAAAUAUUUAACUUUGGGGAAGGUGACUUGACCUUCCCUUUGUAUUGGGAUGGAAUGACUGAAAACGCUUGUUUGAAAUUGUGUGAAAAGAAGAGUUUCAGAAAUAUUGUCCCAGGAUCGUGGACAUGAUGCAUAUAUUAUGCUUCUUGCCAACUUAUGUUUGUGGUGUAAUAUUGCUUACUAACUGUGUUUUUUUGCCA